UCUCUUCCCUUCAAUUUCUCUCUAUUUCCUAAGUUAGCACUAUGAUCAGUUCCAAGAAGCUCAUCAAGCUGGCAAAAAGAUGGCAGAAAUUUGCUGCCAUCCGAAGAAAGAGGAUUUCAUUUUCAAGUCUAUAUGAUGAUGCAGAUAGCUGCAGUACUUCUUCUGCGGUUAACAAGGGUCAUUUCACUAUUUACACUGCUGAUCAGAAGCGGUUUGUUGUCCCUCUAUCAUAUCUCGAGAAUGAGAUCAUUAGGCAACUCUUAAGUAUGUCUGAAGAAGAAUUUGGACUUCCAAGCGAGGGGCCUAUUACACUACCAUGUGAUGCAGCCUUCUUGGACUACAUCAUUUCACUUCUUAGCCGAGGUUUAUCCAGAGAACUUGAGAAUGCAUUGCUAAUCUCAGUUACUUCAUAUCGGUGUUCAUCAGCUUCACUGCACCAAGAAGGGCUGAGAAAUCAAGAAUUGCUAGUUUGCUGAUAUAAUUAAUAUCAAUCAUUUUUAUAGACAAGUAACUCAGCUGUAGCUCAACACAUGAUGUGAAAUGUACAGAAAUUCAAAGACUUGAUAUCUAAUACAUUUAGUGAUCGUCUAAGAAAAUCAAAUUAUGUUCAUA